AUGGAAGCGUCCUCCUCAUCCGAGUCCUCGGACUGGGUCCAUGCUGAAGCAACAACAUCCCAAGAAUGGACCACCGGCCCCGAAUACCCAGAUAAUACCACGGAUCGCAAUCAAGCACAUCCCUCCACCGAAGCAGAACCAGACUACUCGGCUCUAUUAUCCUACCCCGAAGAAACGGAUUACUAUGCCCUCCUGGGGUUAUCCCGGACACCGCCGCCUAGCGACGCGGAGAUCCGCUCCGCGUACAAGAAUCUGACGCUGAGCUUCCACCCGGACAAACAGCCCGGUGAGUGGCAGGAGAUCGCGAGACGGCAUUUCGAGCGCAUCCGCGAGGCGUACGAUACGCUGAUUGAUCAUCGAAAGAGGACCGUGUAUGAUCUCCUGGGGGCGGAGGGCGUCCGGGCGGAAUGGGGACCCGGUGGGAGUAUGGGAAGGGGCGGGGAGGCGGAGCGGGAACGCAGGGUGGGUGUCAGGGCUAGGACGCCUGAGGAGUUCCGGAGGUGGUUUUUGGAGGCUAUGAAGCGGAGGGAGAGGAAGGCCAUUAAUUCUAUGGAUGAGGGUGAGGUUUAUAUCAAUGUGCCUUCGGCUAGGCCGUCCAGGUUCAAUGUGGGGUAUGCUUUCAAGGCGCCUUUGCCCACGCCGAAGAAGCUACUGGGGAAGUUGGAGAGGGAUGAGCCUGUGGAGGAUGGUGCUGAGCAGCAGGAGGCUGAGGCUGAGGGUGAUGAGCCGGAGAUGGUCAUCAAUGCUGGGAUUUCGGGUGAGAUGCGGCACCUGGCCCAGAAACUUACGGUUGAGCUUAAUGAUGGAACUACGGAAACACGUAAGGUUCCCUUGCCACCAAUUAUAGCCUCGCAGGAGAUCACGCUUGGGGCCUCUGUCAAUCAUGUGUUUGGCGACGUUGCAAGCCAGAAGGGCAUCCUUAGCAAGCGGCCUUUCUCGUUCCUCAGAUAUUCUGCUGUCUCAGUUGGCGCCAUGGUCUUGCCUGUUCCGUCAAUGCAGGCGAACAUGACGAAAGCUUUUACGCCCGUUGCCGGGGCGAAACCUUUUAACGUCAACUUUAGCAGUUCGUUCUAUAAGUCGCCUGUGAAGUGCCCGCCUGCAAUGGCUGUUCAGGUCAUGAAAGAGGUGGGUGACAGGAAACACGCCUACUGUAGAUGGCAAAGUGGUACUAUCAGCUGGCCAGGCGCUGUAGAACGCUUGCUUAGCCCUUUUCUUGACAUUGGUCUGGACGUCGACUCUGCAUUCACCAUUCCCAAACAGAUUAGCCAGUUCCAGGUUGGCUUGCUAUCUCUCCCAAAAUCUCAGAAGCAGGCUGCUUUUAUGGAUGACUAUGACGAAGAGCCAGAGGGCGAGGAAGAGGAGAGCGAAUACCAGCAGCUUCGGUCCAAGCAGCGCGCAGAAGACAAGGUGGGCGAAGCUUGGCAGUUAGGCUUCUCUGUUUCUCCUGAAGCAAGUGGCUUACAACUGAGCUAUGCACGCAAUCUCUUUUCUGGAACGGCCGCCAAUGACCCUAUGCGCUCCGAAUGGAGUUCCGAGGGCCAUUAUGCUUUGCCACCAGCAAAUGAACCACGCUCUGUGCGGGUUGAAGUGGCCAGUACUAUCAACAUGGAUUUGUCACUUUCGUGGAAGAUUGAAGGGUCGAGGCAGGUUGGAGAACUGACUCGCAUGGGACUCGGUGUUGGAAUUGAAGGCCCCCAUGGCCUUGUCAUGACGGUCUCGUGGAAUAGACUUGGCCAAAAGAUCAAACUUCCUAUCGCUGUCUGUCCCGUUAACAUGGUUAAUGCGGACGCUGCCGCCCUUGCUGUGAUAUUCCCAUGGCUGGCAUACUGCGCGUGGGAAUUUGGGUUCAUUCGGCCACGAGAAAGGAAGAACCGUCGACGUGUAAUAGCGCGACGACAGAAGGAGCUGAAGAAAUUGGUACCAAUAAAGAGAGCGGAAAGCCUGCAAGCGACUGAACUUAUGACUGAGCAGAUACGGCGGAAGCAAGCGAAGGAGGAAAGACAGAACGGUCUAGUCAUUACUAAGGCCGAGUAUGGCCAUCAUCCUUCAAAGAAGAAGGGCAGCAGCAUUGAUACAGAAUAUGAGGUGGUGGAUGUUACUAUCCCUGUGGCUGGUUUGGUUGACCGUAGCCAGCUGGUGAUUCCCAAAACCAUGGUCAAGACUUAUUAUUCUGUGUUCUUGGAGUAUGAAUAG